AUGGCUACUCGAUCUAAUUCUGGGUUCCGUCACGAGGAGUCUUUGAGUUCUAUGAUGAGUCGUCACGCCAUAAAUUUCCAGUCCAACACUUCUUCCGAGGUGAUUCCGAUGGGUUCUUACUUAGGAAGAACUGGUGUCUUGUCUGGGAUGAAUAUGAUGAUGAUCAAUAAUGCUGCUAAUUCUGGGUUAAUUCAAACUGGGAACUCUUCGAAUUCUCUUGAUUCGGUUUCUGGGCUCAAGCUUGAUACUUCUUUGGCUAGUGAAUGGUCAAACGAAGAACAAUACAAAUUGGAGGAUGGCUUGGAGAAAUUUAAGGAUAAGCCAAGUAUCAUGAAGUAUGUAAAAAUUGCGGCCACUUUACCUGACAAAACCGUUCGAGAUGUUGCUUUGCGGUGUAGAUGGAUGACGAGAAAGAGAAGGAAAGCAGAAGAGUUAAAUUGUGGAAAAAGAAUAAGUUCUAGCAAGGACAAGCAGGCGGAAUUGUCUUCUAAGUCAAGCAUACCUUCUGUUUUGCCUGAUAACAUGGCUACGUACCCUUUCUUAAUGCCCUUCACAAGCUCCAGUAAACAUAUUACAUGUGAAGAUUUAAGUGGCCAUGCAAUAAAUCUCUUAGAACAGAAUGUAAGAGCUUUUACUCAAAUUAGAGCUAAUCUCUCCUCAUAUAAGGUAGAGGAUAACCUAGAUCUCUUUCGUCAGACGCGGAAUAACCUUAUCACCAUCCAAAAUGACCUAAAUAAUAUGCCUGGCUUGAUGAGCCAGAUGCCACCGUUGCCGGUUUCAAUCAAUGAUGAUCUCUCGACUACCAUAUUGAGUAAUUCAAGUUUGGCGAUGCCCUUCAACACAACGCAAAGUGGCGGAUUCCAUAUGAAGCAGGAGCCUUUGGGGUGA